CACUACAGCAUUCUCAUACAAUACCCAAUAGAUCCCUCUACCUACUAUUCGAUUAUGGGGUCCUUGAGUGAGAACGGCCAACUCCUUUCCAAGAUAGCCACCAAUGAUCGACAUGGCGAGAACUCACCUUACUUCGAUGGAUGGAAGGCUUACGACAGCAACCCUUUUCACCCCACCAAGAAUCCCAAUGGGGUUAUCCAACUGGGUCUUGCAGAGAAUCAGCUUUGCUCUGACUUGAUCCAAGAGUGGAUUAGGCAAAACCCAAAAGCCUCAAUUUGCACCACUGAAGGAGUACAUGCAUUCAAGGACAUUGCCAACUUUCAGGAUUAUCAUGGCUUGCCAGAAUUCAGAAGAGCUGUCGCAAGCUUUAUGGGAAGAGUUAGAGGUGGAAGGGUGACAUUCGACCCAGAUCGCAUCGUGAUGAGCGGUGGAGCCACCGGAGCUAAUGAGACAGUCACGUUUUGUCUAGCGGAUCCUGGCGAUGCUUUUCUGGUUCCCUCACCUUAUUAUCCAGCAUUUGACAGAGAUUUGAGGUGGCGAACAGGGGCACAGAUCUUCCCUGUCACCUGCGACAGCUCCAGCAACUUCCAGAUCACCAGAGCGGCGCUGGAAGCAGCAUACCAGAAGGCCCAAGAAGCAAAAAUCAGAGUGAAAGGCUUGAUCCUCGCAAACCCCUCAAACCCACUUGGCACCGUCCUCGACGGCGACACCCUCAGAGGCAUAGUUAGCUUCAUCAACGACAAGCAAAUCCACCUCGUCUGCGACGAAAUCUACGCAGCCACCGUCUUCUCCUCCCCCAACUUCACCAGCAUCGCCGAGGUGAUCCAAACCACGGAAUGCAAUUUAGACCUCAUUCACAUCGUCUACAGUCUUUCCAAGGACAUGGGUCUCCCCGGAUUUCGAGUCGGCAUAGUGUAUUCCUACAACGACGCGUUGGUGGCCUGCGCCAGGAAGAUGUCGAGCUUCGGGUUAGUCUCGUCGCAGACGCAGUACCUGCUGGCUUCCAUGCUUUCCGACGAAGAGUUCGUGGGAAGGUUUCUGGCGGAGAGCGCGAAAAGGCUGGCGAACAGGCACAGAGUCAUCACCAAGGGGCUGGCGCAGGUGGGAAUUGGGUGUUUGAAGAGCAGCGCCGGGCUUUACUGCUGGAUGGACUUGCGGCGACUGCUGAAGGAACCCACGGUAGACGGCGAAAUGGCGCUAUGGAAAGUGAUCAUUAACGACGCGAAGCUGAAUGUUUCGCCCGGUUCUUCGUUCCACUGCGCUGAGCCGGGUUGGUUCCGGGUGUGCUUCGCCAACCUGGACGACGAGGCGGUGGAGGUUGCGCUUAAGAGGAUGCGGAAGUUUGUGGGUCAGGGGGGAAAGGAAGGGGAGGAGGCGGCAGCGGGGAAGAGCAAGCGGUGGCAGAAGCCCGCUCUGCGGCUGAGCUUCUCCGGCCGGAGAUACGAGGAGGCGGUGCUCACGCCGCACAUCUUGUCUCCUCACUCCCCGAUUCCCCACUCGCCACUGGUUAAGGCAAAGACUUGAUUAGAAUGAAACUGAAAUAAAAUUUAAUAACCCAUCUAGGUUAGCUCAUAAGAAAAAGGAAAAAAGGGAAGUUGAUGGAUUGUUAUCUGUAGGAAAAAAAGCUGUGAUUUUUUUCCCAAUUGCAUGGAGGGUUUAGGAACGUUGUGGUGUAUGAUUUUAAGUGGUUUUCAUCAAUGUGUGUAUUUUUGUUAGUACGAA